UCUCCUUUUCUUCAUGGUACAGAUCUGGGUGUUUGAGAUGAGCAUGCAAAAUACUUCCUCUGUUGAAAUCUCUUAGUUUUCCUCUUUAAGCAACUGUGAAAUAUUAUUCUACUUUUUUGGUUUCGUUUUUUGGCUUGCCAAUUAUAGGUAGAGGAAGAGGAAGAGGACAGACCGUAAUGGAGUAUAUGAGCACCGAUAGCGACAAUAAAGAGGAGAUUGACUUACUGCUAACAGACUUAAAUGUGUCUGAAGUGAUCGACAUCAUGGAGAACCUUUACCCAAACGGGGAGCUGGCCAGUUACGAAGACAGCCUCCUUGCGCUCUGCCCGGAGAAGAACAAAAACGAGGAACGCACCGAAUCCUUGCUGUUCAGCAGGAGAGAGGUGUCUUUGUUGUCAUCCGUCAAGUACGGGACUGUGGAAGACUUGCUCGCCUUCGCAAACCAGGUGUCGAACACAGCGAAGCAGUUUUGCCGGCCCAGAAGACAAGAGGCUGGAAUCAUAUUAAAUAUGAUCAGGCCCAAGAAUGGGCGCUAUCAAAUUGACUCAGAUGUGCUCCUGUUUCCAUGGAAGCUAACCUACCGAAAUAUUGGGACUGACUUCAUUCCACGAGGAGCUUUUGGAAAAGUCUACUUAGCCCAGGAUACGGAAACCAAAAAGCGAAUGGCGUGCAAACUGGUCCCGGUGGAGCAGUUUAAGCCAUCAGACGUUGAAAUCCAGGCCUGCUUUCGCCACGAAAAUAUUGCGGAGCUGUACGGAGCCAUCUUGUGGGACGAGACGAUCCACCUCUUCAUGGAGGCAGGAGAAGGAGGCUCGGUCCUGGAGAAGGUGGAAAGCUGUGGGCCUAUGAGAGAGUUUGAGAUCAUUUGGGUGACGAAGCACAUUCUCAAAGGCCUCGAGUUUCUUCAUUCAAAGGGAGUUAUACAUCAGGAUAUAAAACCAAGCAACAUUGUUUUCAUGUCAACCAAAGCAGUCCUGGUGGAUUUCGGCCUAAGCGUUCAAACCAUGGAAGAUAUUUACUAUCCCAAAGACCUUCGAGGAACAGAGAUUUACAUGAGCCCGGAAGUGAUCCUCUGUCGGGGCCACACUACAAAAGCUGACAUCUAUAGCCUGGGAACGACCAUCAUCCACAUGCAGACGGGCAUCCCGCCAUGGGUGAAUCGCUACCCACGCGCAGCGUACCCCUCCUACCUCUAUAUAAUCCAUAAGCAAGCCCCGCCCUUGGAGGACAUCUCCGAGGACUGCAGCACCGGCAUGAGGAAGUUCCUGGAAGCCGCUCUGGAAAGGAACCUGAACCAGAGGCCCUCUGCUACGGAGCUGCUGAAGCAUGAGGCCCUGCACCCGCCGAGGGAGGAGCAGCCGCGGUGCCAGAGCCUGGACUCGGCUCUCUUCGAAAGGAAACGGCUGCUGGGCCACAAGGAGCUGGAGCUGCCCGAGAAUAUUGCUGAUUCUUCGAGUCUUGGGAUUACCGAAGAAUCGGAACUGCUGAAGAGACAGCGGUCACUGUACAUAGACCUUGGAGCAUUAGCUGGCUACUUUAAUAUUGUCCGAGGAGCAACAACACUUGAUUAUGAAUAAACCUGGGAAUCUCUAGUGCUGGACAGAAGGAGAUCAUUUUUCAUGUGCGUGUGUGGAAGAAGGAUGCAAAGUUGUUGUUUUUAAUCACUUGAAGGAUUUUUGUGAAGCUAAACCUCUUGGAAGUCUGACAUUAUAUCACUAUUUUUUUGUUCUGAACACCAAGCAAACAAAAAAAUCCAGAAGGUUACUAGUUUGGGGCAAAAUACUGCUGAUUGGCAUCUGACAUGUGUCUAGAAUGUAUAUCUCAUUUGAAUAAUGCUUAGUGGGUUGUAUCCAAUGUUAGUACUACCUAGAGUAGACCUGGUUAACCCAUAACAACAACCCAGAAUAUGGGUUGAGUAAUGGUUGUUGUUGAAUCAUGGGAUAUUGUUAUGUGCAAACCUACACUGUGGUUUAAUUAUGGGUUGUUAACCAAUAACACAGGAAGAGAACCCAUGGUUUGUUGUUGGGUUGUGAAUUCUGGGUUGGUUGUGGUUAACAGCCCAUAGCUAAACCAUAGAGCAAGGUUCACACCUAAUGGCAACCCAUGAUUCAACGAAAACCAUUACUCAACCCAUACUCUGGGUUGUCAUUAUGUGCAAAUCAGGUCAUUGAAAUGAAUGGGUCUUGUUAGACUAACAUUUGAUAUCAUAGUGUGUGUAAAUGUGUAUUAAAAAAAGGAAAAGAGAGACCUGACCAGUGGGUCAUAAUUUGUAAGCUAAAGAUGUAUUGGGACCUCCCAGGUCCCAGUUAGGAAUCCUUGAACUUUUUGUAUUAAUCAUUGUUAAAUGCGUUGUAGAUCUGUUCUAUGGCUGUUUCUAAACAGAAACUGCUGCCACCUUAGCUUUUAGUAUGUCUCUCCACUCAGAAAAACUUUGGAUUAUAGCAUUAAGUUGGCUUCCCAAAGAAGGGCUGUGCCUUGUUCACUGCAGUGUGAAGCCUCCUCUGCUUAUCCUGCAAAUUUUUGCUUGGACCAAGAGCCAGCUCAGUGACCCACAAAUGGGCACAGCAAGAGUAUCUCAGCCACCCACUUGCAUUGUUGCUUGCUUGCUCUGGAUGCCAAGGAAGGCAACUCCCAAUUUUUUCCCCCGGGACCUCCCUUGGGUUCCUUACCCUACUUCUCGGGCUUUCUUGAUGCUGCUUCUUUGAUCUCUCAUCUUUAAGGCUCGGUCCUUCGGGCUUGGACAGAUUGCCAGAGCUCACGGGGGGAUUCUGAAGGUUGAUUUUUUGACCCGAGUUGGAACACCAUGAGACACUUUUGUGAACCCCAGAAUGUAGGCCUUCUGGGUCGCAUCAAAGUCCUUCUCAAUCUCUUUCAUCAGCUGAUCAAGUCUGCUGGCUUUCGAACAGAGUCUUAGGAUUAAUGCACAGUGCAUAAAGCCCAUCCUAGCUGUAGGCUUUUAAAGGUUUUGUAUGUGUUAGGCUGCUACUCAGAAAGCUCUGGACCUGUCAUGCUUGCAUGCUGACAGAGCCAUCUUGGGUGCAGUUUGCCAGAAUGCUCUCUUGCGCAAAGCUCAUUGGUGUGGAUGGCACCUGUGCAACAGCAUGGAAUAAAUUCUGGCAUAUUAACUCAAGUGGUUUUGUUGAUCACAAAGAAAUAGUAACUAUAAGCACAAGCCGUUUGUAGUAUAACGUUGGUAUUAGAAUAUUGCACGACAUUUGGAGAUUGAUACCAGUUCUGAUGGGGGGUUAAUUUAUGGCUGUGGGACUGCAUGUUUGGGAAAGAUAAACAUGUGUUUGAAUGUCAUGAAUUAUAGAUUAUUUUAUGUUCCUAUGGAAAAAGACGUCCUUUGCUCUUGAAGAUGUUGAAUGCGUUUAAAACACGAUGUUUUGGAUGGCACUAAAAUUGUUUCAAGAACAUAGUUUGGUACAUCCCAUCGGAUGAAUAUGUAAACUUUUAUAAAAACAAUUCAGUACUGUAUUAAUCAUUUAUGUGUGUUUUUAAGGUAGCAUACUAUGUAUGUUGUAAAUAGAAUUCUUCUUAAAUUGACACCUGUUUUAAAGUUUAUAUUUAAGGCUCUUUGUAUAAACAAUAUAUUUGUAUUUUCCCCAGUCCUGAUUCCAAUAGGAUGGCAUCAACUAUUUGAAGGAAUAAAUUCAUGUGUUUCUUGCGA